AUGAACACCAAUCCAUCUAUCGAACUGUUUAAUAAUUUGGAUUAUCAAAGACCAUCCAAGUUGAUUAAUGAGAUGAAUGACUGCUUACAAAAGCUAGAUCUUGAUGAUAGUCAUAACUUAGAACCAUAGAGCUUUGAAGAUUUGAAUGGAACUAUUCCGUGUGAUUUCAUUCCUAACAGUAUGACCAUGUCUCAAGCAUGUCUUCAAUCUACUCCCCAUCUAUUUAGAGAAGAACUCAGAGGCCUUGAAUGCACAUAGAGUUCACCGUAAAUAAAUAUUCAGGAGCUCAGCCAAUAAAUUAAAGCUGCACUUUUUGGAGGUACAAGCCCAGCAAGUGUCAAAACAAGAGCAAAAAUCUAGUAAUAAAAUAAGGAUGAUGAUGAGACUGUAAUAAUGACUACUAAUAAUCUAAAAGAACGCUUCACAAUGCCUGAUGGAAAUCAAGUACAAUCUCAAUUCUCAACUAACUACAAAUAGAAGAAUCCUUAUAAGAGUAGACAGAUCUCUAUACAUACAAACGCCUAUUUAGCAACUGAUGUUGGUGAUAGCACUUCUCACAAGCAGGAAAUUUUUUCAACAGCUUAGACCACUUAAAUGGGCUCUAAUAAAAAUAACCAUCAAAGGGUGGCAAGCAACACUAAAUCAUUUUUCAAUUAGACUAAUAAUAACACAUUCAUAUCUUAUGAUAAUAAUAUGAUAAAUGAGCAACUUGCUUAAAAUAUUUUCUACUCUACAAAUCCUUAAAACCAAAAUAAUCAAAUUAAGUAAUAGAUAUAGCAAGAAAAGCCACGUAAAAAGGAUAAAAAGCCAAAUAAUGACGAUGAAUUUGUUAAUAAUUAUAAAUUAGCAUUGUAACAGUAUCAAGAGGAUAUGAAUAAGUAAGCCUAUAGUCACAAAAAGCGCUUAGUUUCCUACGACUAGGAUUUAAAACUAAGAUAAAAUUUAAGAAGGAAAAUAAAGUCUGUAGUUUAAGAUCCAGCCCAAGUACCUAUGAAUAUAUUUUACACAAUCAUAAGUUAUGAUGGUAAAUUGUUUAAGAAAUUUUUGUGCCUAUCAAAUGGAAUGAAAAACCACAUUUUGUUUUAUGUAUUCGAUAAGACUAAGAAAAUCUCACAUGAUUUUCACAGAAAAUAUGGAUAGCUGCUAGAACUAUAGUCCAGAUCAUUAAUUGUCAAGCCAUUGUCUUUUGGCAAGGAAGAGGGAGUAAGGCUAGAUUUAUCCUUGAGAGUCAAGAUUAAAAAGGAAGCAAAAAAGAUUUAGGGGAAAUCCAUAAUAUUCAGUAAUGGUUAUAACCUUGAGAAGCAGACUACUGAAAUAUCUGAAUCAAAAAUAGAAGGAGAGUACCAAAAUGUAUAUUAGUUUGAUCUCUAUUGUGCCCGAGCCAAUAGAUGGCUAUGGCUACAUUAGGAUGAAUGCUUAUUCCACGGAUCAACAGAUUCUCGAGCUUACUCAAUUCCAAUUGUCCCAAUAUGUGUAGAGGACAACAUUGAAAUAUCUUUAACACUAAUAUCCUUAAUGGGAGUUUUAGAUACAGAUACAGUAAGGUGGUAAUCUCUUAAAAUAGAAUCUUAACCAGAUCAAAAUGAUAUUCGAGAUUACAACAGAUUUAAAAUGCUGACACCAAAUAGGGAUUUAUUAGCUAAAUAUUUUGCAGAUCUUAAGAGAGUUUGUGAAGUUGAAGACACUGUUGUAGAAUGGUUUACAGAACCCAACAUAAAAACAAAGAGUCUCAAAUAGCACAUUAGGAGAAAGUUAGACACUGAAUAGUUUUCUAAGCAAUUUGACAUUAGCAAAGUUGAGGUUGGAGGCAUAGACUUUUCAGUAUGGAAAGUUCAACUUAGAGCAAAAAAGAACCCAUUGUAAGAGUAUAAAUUUUAUAAGGAUCUAAAUAUGGGAAUCAGAAUAGAAAAGGACUAGAGUUUAUCUAUUAUCAAUGAAAUUAAAAGAUCUGGCUAUCUAAUCGACAAAGGAUAAGAUAUUGAGUUAAGAUCUGGUGAUUUUCUGUUGGUAUAUGUGUCUAUGGGGGGUUUUGAGAAAUGA